UCAGACUGCCGCAGUCCAAAAAAUUUUGAAAUUCAAAACAGCGAAAACGCGAUUCUGAUAUCGGAGAUGGCGGAGAAGAAGAGAUGGAUAGCGAUGUAUACGAAACACAUCAAGCAGAAGCGUAAGGUCUAUCACGACGGCUUCCUUGAUUUGCAUUUCACCAGACGAAAGGUGAUGCUUUAUGAUGAGGCAGAUAAUCUACUUGAAAGCAGGAUGCUAAAGGCAGGGGAAGUUGUGGACACAGGUGAAACACUCACGUUUCAAGCAUACCUUGUGGAUAUAGGCGAUCCUAAGGAUGGAAGUAAGGCUUCAAUUGAUAUAAAGGUAAAGGUUGAACCAAGUGAUCAAGGCUCUGCGCGCAAAUCAUUUGCAGUUCUCAGGCCAAAUUUCAAGAAAAGUUCCCUUCAUGGUGAUGAGAAAAAACCUAACCUUGUGAAUAAAUUUUCUUCGAAAAGUCUCAGCCCAUCUCACAAUAUAAUUAGAGUAUUCAAAAAGAGAGAACUGCACAAGUAUGGGGCACUGACUCCAGACACUACGUAUGCAGGCACUGUACCUCUUGGCUCAGCUGAUAAAGAAAGCAAUAGCCAUCCCUUGAUCAACUCUCCUUGUGAUGGAAGGUCUGCUGCAUAUUCAAGGUUGGAGAAUGAUAAGUUAAGCAUGGACGUUCCUCCACGCAAGCCUUUACGUGAUGUUAAUCAGAUACUCUCUAUUCUUCAGAGACGGAAUGUUACAGAGACAUGUUCUGAUACUAACCCGAAAACAUCAGUGCUUUUAAUACCUCCAGAAUCUGAUACCCGCCAAAGCCACAAGAUGGAGUCUGUUUCAACUAAAGCAGCAUCUAGGGAAGAAGUAAUGGUGCAAGAAACCUCAUCGGCCAGCACAAGAGGUUGCUUACUGAGUGAUCCUCCGAGUUUUGACCUCGGAAUCUAAAAGACCCCGCAAGAUAUCAUUUUACAUAAAUAGGUAUCUCGUUUAUUUUCCAUUUUACCUCAAAGUCCUUCACGAACUAUAGUUUCACCGAGAAUAUAGUUUUAUACUCUAAGCUGGGUGAAAAUCAAAACUGGUAACUAGUAAGUAUGUACCGUGUGUAUCAAGAAAGAUUGAAAAUUUGUUGGUGUACGUUUAUUAGGGUAAAACUAUAAUAGUGAAGUCUUCUGUAAUUCACCAUUGUAAUUAGACUUCCGUUCAAACCUGGAUGGUUUAUAUUC